AUGGCCGUGCUGGAUCUGUUGGUGUCAAUCGAGGAAGUCCCAAGGAGACAGACUUUCGACAAAUCCACGCAACCAUCGCCGACACACGAGAAACCGGAUCGAUGGUCCAAAGAUCGACAACUCGAGCUGAAGAUCACCGUACUGGAGGACCGACUAAAGGACACCGAAGAGCGCUAUCAGAGCAAGCGGUUGCAAUGCGAUACGCUGUCCCAGGUGCACAGGACAUUGCGCGAUAGUUACACCACGCUGCAGGAGGAGAGCGAAAUGAUGCAAUUUGAUAUACGCCACCUGACGAGGAGUGCCGACGUGCUGAGAUCCGAGCUGCAGUCGGCCCGGUGUGAUCGGGAUUCCGCCAUCGAACUGCAGAAGCUCCUACAAACCGGGCUGGACGUAUCCCACAAAGACCGCAAAAAGCUGCAGGAUGGCAGCAAGAAGGACUUAAAAACUAUACAAGACCUGCAGCGACAGUGCCGCGAGAUGGAGCGAAUUAUGAUGCGCAAAAAUCCGGACUCCAUAUCGGCGCUGAUAGUUGCCAGUAAAUCACCGACGGGGACACCGCCGGGAACCGAUAGCACCUCAUCCACCUGCCGCGUGCUGGAACAACGCAUCGCCCAGCUGGAAGCGGAUGCCCGGAAACAGGACGCAAAAGCGCAAGGUAUACUGCCCGACAUGCAGGCCCGCUUUAACUCGGUGGAAGCGAAGUAUGAAACGUACAUCGCGCAUCGCGAAGUCCCAAGGAGACAGACUUUCGACAAAUCCACGCAACCAUCGCCGACACACGAGAAACCGGAUCGAUGGUCCAAAGAUCGACAACUCGAGCUGAAGAUCACCGUACUGGAGGACCGACUAAAGGACACCGAAGAGCGCUAUCAGAGCAAGCGGUUGCAAUGCGAUACGCUGUCCCAGGUGCACAGGACAUUGCGCGAUAGUUACACCACGCUGCAGGAGGAGAGCGAAAUGAUGCAAUUUGAUAUACGCCACCUGACGAGGAGUGCCGACGUGCUGAGAUCCGAGCUGCAGUCGGCCUGGUGUGAUCGGGAUUCCGCCAUCGAACUGCAGAAGCUCCUACAAACCGGGCUGGACGUAUCCCGCAAAGACCGCAAAAAGCUGCAGGAUGGCAGCAAGAAGGACUUAAAAACUAUACAAGACCUGCAGCGACAGUGCCGCGAGAUGGAGCGAAUUAUGAUGCGCAAAAAUCCGGGCUCCAUAUCGGCGCUGAUAGUUGCCAGUAAAUCACCGACGGGGACACCGCCGGGAACCGAUAGCACCUCAUCCACCUGCCGCGUGCUGGAACAACGCAUCGCCCAGCUGGAAGCGGAUGCCCGGAAACAGGACGCAAAAGCGCAAGGUAUACUGCCCGACAUGCAGGCCCGCUUUAACUCGGUGCAAGCGAAGUAUGAAACGUACAUCGCGCAUCGCGUAUCCAGCUUGAGAAGCGUUAUUAUGAUUUAUAUGGCCCUCAAUAAGAUGCAAUUAGGAUGCACAAGCUGA